AUGAUGGAAAAUUUUAACCAAGGUGAUUUAGCAGACAUCGUCAGAGCUAGCGGCGGCGCAGCCGCCGGAGCUGGACUACCCUUUUCCGACGACUGGCAUCAGUUUCAACCCGAUAUCACAGUCAACGAUUUCCAAUCCUCAACUAUUGAAGACUUUGGAGAUCCCUUUAGUAGUAAUUUAAGGCAUCCCCUUUUCAACGAUGUAUUCAACGAUCAUGAUCAUCUUUCCACCACUACUACUUCGUCAACCGCCGCCGCCGCAGCUGCCUCCUUCUUCACGGCUACUCCAGGGUUUCUCGGCGGUGGGUUGAGGCCGGUUUCUAAUAAUAAUAAUAAUAUAUUUUCGAGGAUGCUUCAGAUCUCGCCGAAUCAGAACCUAUCUGUUAAUUCGCCUUGUGAAUCUCAGGCGACGGCGGUUGGGUUACUGAAGGUGGUGGCGCCGCCGCCGGCGAGUUUGCUGGCGACGAGUGACGUAAUGAAAGGCGGUGGUGGUAGUUUGGUGGAUAACGGAGUUGGGGUUCAGAUCUCGUCUCCGCGAAAUGCGGGGAUCAAGAGACGGAAGAGUCAAGCGAAGAAGGUGGUGUGCAUACCGGCACCAACACCAGCCAAUAGUAGGCCGAGUGGAGAAGUUGUUCCUUCUGAUCUAUGGGCAUGGAGGAAAUAUGGUCAGAAACCAAUCAAAGGUUCUCCAUAUCCAAGGGGUUAUUAUAGAUGCAGCAGCUCUAAGGGUUGUUCGGCUAGGAAACAAGUGGAGCGUAGCCGAACCGAUCCAAACAUGUUGGUCAUUACCUAUACCUCUGAGCACAACCAUCCAUGGCCUACUCAAAGAAACGCACUUGCUGGGUCGACACGUGCCCAACCCAACAAGGUUGGAUCCGGAUCAAAAUCCUCGAAUGCCGGUUCUCAAGCUAAUAAGGCGAAGGAAUUAGAAGAGGAGAAGGAGAGACCUAAUAUUUCAGAGAAUCCAUUGUUUGAUAGUUCUCUUGUGAAGGAGGAAAUGGAUGAACAAAUGGAUAUGGAUGGUUGUGGUGAUGUUUUUGGAUCAGAUGGCUUCGAUCUCCAUAGUACUUAUAAGCCAAAUUUACACGAAUCCAGCCAUUGCGAUGAUUUGUUCGCGGAUUUGGGAGAGAUAGAGGGGGACUCGCUAAGCAUGUUGUUUAGCCAAGGGUUUGAUCAAGAACGAGGCAGCGGAGGUAACAAAGGUAACAUGUUGGAUCAUUUCAACAUGUUCGAUUGGACCGAAAAUAAUAGUGGAAACAACAAUAAAAGCACCGCAUCGUUUCAAGGAGGAGAAGGCAAAGGAGGAUCGUGA